AUGGUGAAGGUGAUGCGGUCCUUACACGAUGCCAUUGGAUUCAUUCACAAGGUCCGAGAUGCUUUCGGGAAUGAAUCGCUGGAGCUGCACUUGUUCUAUGAAGCGCUCCACGAGUUCAGCUCAUCCUGUGACUACUCCGUGUUCGUCGACAAGGUCACCAUGCUGUUAGGUGGCCGCCCAGACCUCCUCCUCUCGCUUAACUUCUUCAUGCCUGAUGAAUGCAAGAUCGAAGUCCGUGGCGACGACGAUCCACACCACGAUAAAGCCAUGGCCAAACUCAUGUUUCAAAGCACAGUGGAUUUCGUCAAUAGGGCCAGGAUACAACUCACGCUUCAUCCCGGGGUUUAUGAGUUGUUUGUCGAGAUCGUAAGCACCCACAGGGGCAAUCUGCUGGAAACUUACAGCAAGGUCUCUAAGCUGUUGAAGGAUUUUCCGGAAUUGCUCCUCGACUGCAGCAGCUUCUUUCCAAAAUCUGUGAUCAAGAGAGCGACGGAGCCCGAGACUAGGUACCUUCCCAGCUACAGGCUUCUUCCGGAGACCAAGGCCAAGUCAAGCUGUCCGAGAUCAAGCCUUGCCGCUCAGGUCCUGAACCAUCAGCUUGUGUUGAAAAGCAGCUUUCCUACGUCUAGUUCCAGUGGGAAUCAGCACGAUGACGAGCUGUUCUUCUGCGAGGAUUAUCGCUACGAGCUGGACAUGCUGAUCGAGACGACAAGGUCGGCCAUCACCCGCAUAAAGAGUUUCCUCGAACAAGACCUGAGGUGCAUCGAGCAGAUAUACGGUGAGCGCGGCCUUGAAAUGGCGGACGAAGUGCAAAAGAAGCCGACAAAGGCGCUGCCUGUAGUAUUGAGACGGCUCGAGCAGAGGGUAGCUCAGUGGGUUGAGUAUCGGUUGGAGAUGAAUGAGUUGUGGAAGCAGUUUCGUCAGUCCCAGUAG